GUGCCAAGUAUGUAUGCUUGUUCAAAAUUUACAUGUUUAUUCAACUUAUUUCCUGCUAUUUGGAUGCAAACUGGUUUAGUGAUUUUUGAACUAAUCAACCAAAUGAUUCAGCAAGUAGAACUGUAUAUUAUUUGUUUGGCUUCUUGCUUAAAGAAUUGUAAAAGUGCAUCAAGUUCAGGUAUGCUUGAGCUUGCCACAGUCGUAGUCUGUGUUUUUCUGCUCUUGGGAUCAAUUGACUAACAAAAAACUCAUCAACUGCUCUGUCGCUUUCCAGACAGGCUUUGCUGCUGUAAUAAGCAGCACUAGUAGAAAAAAGCAAAAAGGCCCAUAUAUUAGAACUAUCAGUUCCCCAGAAUUUAGAUCUACUUCCUCCUCUCUCACCUCACUCGACACUCAACUCUCACUCUCAUUCUCAUUCUCAAUUACCACCAUAGCCCUCUCCAUUAUUGCUGCUUGUGUAGUGGCAGUGGCGACUUUAUCAAAACUGCGGCCUUGCUGAUGAAGAUAUUAAAGUAAACCCUAAAUAAACCAAGGAGAAUGAUGCUGAUGGCGAGGUCUCUAUUGGCGAUGCUGCUCCUCACCAGAUACCUACAACCAAUUCUGAUUCUUCUAAUGGAGGUGGGGUUGGAGGAUUUGGUUUUUAUGUCAGAUCUAUGCUCAAAGUUUCAUUGAAUUUGAACUCAGCUCGAAUUUGAAGCCUUCUGGGAAUGAGAAUGGGAGCUCUAAUGUCUUUUAUUUUGUGGUUGAAACUGAUGAUUUUCUGUCAUCUGAUCGUGUUGAUGAUUUAUUUGGCAAAUUUGGAAAAUCUGGUCCGGUUUGAAGCGGGUUUCUAAAGAUAGGAUCGGACAUUUUGAUACCGGGGUUUUAGUAAAGCAAUGCUGCCAACGAUAGUGAGUAAGUUGAAGCAACGUUCUCAGUCUCCAUCUCUGAUAGACAAGUUAUACGAGUUGAGUGCGGACGAGAGGUCUUUUAUCAAGUUGACGCAGCCUGAAGCGGUUAUCCAGAUCAAGUCUCUGGACGAUUUUGAUUCUGAGGAGAAAGUUGCUCCAGCUAUGUCUCAAGAUACUUCGAGGUCACUAAGGUCUCAUGACCUUCUUAGCUCGUCCUUUCUCUUAGGUCGCCUUAAAUCUCGUUCUUCUCCUCAAACUUCAGAGAGUGCUCCCAUCAAGAUGGUUAUUCCAAAGAGCGGUCCUCCUCCACCUCAACCUCGUACUAACCUUAAGAGGAAGCUGGAGAUGCCUAUUAAUGUUGAUGCUGCUGAUUUCUCCUUUGAUUCUCUGGCUCCACAUGUGGAUACCUUGCUUUUUCCAUCUUUCAAGGAUCGUCAGUCUUCGCAGAAUUUUGUUGACCUUUCUCAAGAGGUUGCUGUGCAGUCUUUCCAGAGCUUUCAAUUUUGUCUAGGUGUGUUGGGCAAAGUGUCAGAGUUUACUCGGGUGUAUGAUGCUAUGAAGAAGGAGCGUGAUGCCCUUUCUGACAAAUACAAGGCUGCUACUGAUGCUCUGAAGGCUGAACGGGCUAAGCAUAGGGAGUGCAUUGCUGAAUGUGAUGGGCUGAAGAGCACCUUGAAGGAGGCUGGGAACGAGGCUGUUGAUGCUGCAACAUAUUAAUUUGGGAAGGCACGUCUUGAAAUGAUGGAGGAAUAUCAGCAAGGAAAGCAUGAAGCCUGGGAUUAUGAUGUUGAUAAGGCUGCCUUUGAGAAGGCAUUUCCUGAAGGGACUGCUGCUCCUGGCUCAUUGUUGCCGAGCUUCGCUGAUGAAGAGGUGAACUCUCAUCAUAACAAUGAGGUUAAGGAUGUCUUAGAGAAUUUGAAGCCUAUUGUUGAGGAGGUGGUCCCUGCUGAUAACAUGGGCGAAAAUUAGUUUCAAUGGUGCUGUGUCACCUUAAAUAGUAUUAACUCUGAAGAAUGUUUGUUUUUACUGCCUUAGUGCAGUUGGAUAUUUUAUUUUGUUUUUGUGCUGCACUGUUGCAGCUGGAUGAUUUGUUUGUUUUGUUGCUUUUGCAACUAAGUAAUUCUACCUCUUUUGCUAUGCUUAUGUUUCUUA